AUGAAAAAAGGUCAAGAUCUUCAUCAGCUUCUUGAAAAUCAAUGCAAUCUAACUGAUCUCUUUCGUAGAGAGCUAGAAUUAAAGAAUUUCGAACUCCGCAAAGCUUAUCAUAACAUUCAGCUAUUAAAAGGAAUUUUAGUCACCAUAAAACAAGACCUCAAUUUGAAGCCAGAACAAUUUGAAUAUUUAUUUGGGCACAUUUUUAAAGAAGAGGAAGAGUGCGAAAAUAGAAUUGCUAAUCAGAAAGAAAUUUUCCGAGAAAACCUACAAAAUGUCACACAUAGUCAAAAUUCUUUCCAAUUUUGGCCGAAAUUGCCAGGCGAUGUUAUGAAUUUAUUAAAAUUUUUUUUUAAAAAAAUAUCAUUUUUUAUAUAAAAAAAUAAAAAAAACCUUAUGAAUUUAGUGAUCGAAUUUUUAGAAUUCAAAGAGCUCGCCACACUUGCAUGCGUCAAUAAAGAAUUAAAUGCAAUAUGCAAAAAUAAUAUGCUCUGGAAGAAGCUUUAUAUAGGAAGAUGAAAUCGAGAAAUCGAAGAUGAGAAUAAUUAUAUUGAAAAAUACGCUGAAAAAUACCGAGGAGAAAUGAAGUGGUACCAUGAAAGACCAGUCGUAUCUACCCUUAAGUGGCACUCAGGAAGUGUUACUUGUAUAGACUACAUACACGGCAGCAAUUUAUUUGUAAGCGGCUCAGACGAUAGUUCAGCAAUGCUCUGGCAAAUAAACGAGCCCCACCCACAAGAAAGCGGCAUUUUUCAGCAGCAUCAUUUACAAACCCAAGCUGUCUCAAAAUUAAUAUCUUUUUAUGGCCAUGGUGGGCCUAUAUGGUGCUGCUUACAAAUUCCCAAUUUUAAGCUCGCUACUGGGUCUUAUGACAGAACAGUCAAGCUCUGAAAUAUGCAUACCGGCAAAUGUGAGUCUACCUUAAGAGGCCAUUUAGAAUGAAUCAGCUGUUUAGACGCAAAUGAGCAGCUUUUAUGCUCAGGGUCAUGGGAUGCAUCAAUAAAGGUCUGAGAUUUAGAAACUGAAGCCAAUGUGCAGACUUUAUUUAAUGACGUAGGGAAUGCCAUUUCUUGUAUUCAGCUUCAAAAUAAUGAAAUAAUCGCUGGGUGUAGAAGAAAUACAAUUAAUCUGUGGGAAAUUGAUACAGGGAGUCUUAUAGGAAAUCUAGUAGGCCAUACACAAGCAGUCAAUGCGGUGAAGAGAAGCAAUUUUAGUGUAUUGUCAGGGAGUGCGGAUAAUACGGUUAAACAGUGGGAUUUGAGGAGCUUGGAAUGUGUAAAUACGCUUAAAGGGCAUUUGUCACAUGUUAUGUGCUUGGAUUAUGACGAUGACGCUAAGAGGGUUGCUAGUGGGUCUUAUGAUAAAUCGAUAAGGAUUUGGGAUUUGAGAAAAACAAGUGAGCCGAGGCAGAUAUUGAAAGGUCACUCAGCAGCAGUGUUUUGCUUGAAGUUUGAUAGCAGCAAGCUUAUAUCAGGAUCGUCAGACCAAACUGUCAAAAUUUGGAAUUUUUCUGAUAUUUAG